GAACACGCUCACCAUACCUCACAUCGUGGCACCUAUGUGUCCUCUCUCCCACAUACGAGCCGAAGGAUUGCGCCAAGAAGGCACCCCUAAAACACUACAGCCGUACCCGGGUUUCUCUCGAGUUGAAACAUUCGCCCUCCCCUCUCGCAGAUCAUCACAAUCAGGCCUAGCCGCCUCGAAAUAGACCGCAUAAGCAUCAUCGUCCAGGACACCAUGCCGCCGAUCCCCAUAUACACAAAGAGCCCCAUAAACGCCAACAAGGCGUCCGGGGUCACACCGCAGACUGCCUCUAGUGAGGCUGAGAAGCAGCCUGCAGCCCAGGCGCCGCCCGCGACGACGACGGCAGCGGCCAGCGGCCAGCCCACCCGCACCUCCCAGUACCCGCCAGCGCAGCCGGGCGCGGUGCCGUCCGUCCCAGCCCCCACGGGCUCCCUCACAGGACUAGCUGGACCACCGCCGGCACAGCCGGGAGCAGUGCCGCCUCCCCCCAGGGCCGGCGAGGCGUACCAACCACCGGCGCCGCCGGAGCCGGCUGCUGCCCCGCAAUACCCGCCGCCGCCACCGCAAGUAUCCAUCCCCAGCCCGGUAGCCCCUCUUCACUACGGCGGCACCGCGACCGCCACUGGGCCACUGCCUGGAAGGGGAAAUACUGGCGUCACGCAACUGCCGGGCAGCAGCGGAGCCGCGGGCACGGGCACGGGCAUUUACCCGAACCCCAACAAUGCCAUCUCAUCUCCCUACGCGGGUCAGUACCAAGCCUACGGGGCCGGCACGGCCGACCCAAGCGACGACGACCAGGGCGAGGGGGUGUGGGACUCGGCAAAGAAGUACAUGCAGGCCGCCGGCAGCAAGCUCUCUGCAGCCGAGUCGGAAGUUUGGAAGAGGAUCAACAAGCAGUAGGUGGUAGCCGACGAGGGGGCUGACUUGCCCGCGCGGGACGAGAACGGAAAUCAAAGGGGAGCGCGCACAGGAGACUCGGCAUACGGCAAGUCUAGGCUUGGGGGAGUGGCAAAUGCGUGAGGUCGAGCUCAGGGAGCCGCAUGACGGAAAUGGCCACGAUGUCGCCAUCAGGGUUGCAAUGUCAUUUCAAAAGAGCCCAGCUUGCCCAAGCUCAGCCCCACGGUUCGAUGGGCCGACUCCUCCAGCUCCCGUCAGCCCCUUUGUUUCCCAGAAGGUGAGCCUCAGGAGGCGAGUGGGCGAAUACACCACUGUGCGGCAUCUGGAAUUUGGUUGGCUGUGCCCCUUGAGCCAAUGAAUGUGGAAGGGAGACUGGGCUGAGCUACGACAUCAAACACGCUGAUAAGACCCUAGGCUUCCAAUGGGGAGAAAGUGAGAAAAGCGAUAAAUGACAAAAAAAAAAAAUCAUUAACAAAUAAACGGCGCCUCGACGCAUCAACAAUCCUACGCUGGAGGUUUCGUUUGUGGGCUCGCCUAGACAUGGACCGGAAAAUAGGGAGAUGGUUGUAGGGGGGUAAAUCCUCCCGAGAAACCA